AUGACCAACUCGAGCGUCAACCUCUCGGGCGGUGCAUCCGUGCUCUCUGCACACGCCGAAGCCCCCUCGUCGCAAGCCUCCAUGAUUCUAGCUUCUAAAAAACUCAUGAAGCAUGCUGCCGCCCCGCUUCUGAAACAGAUGGGGAUGAGCCGUGCUCGUACUGCCCCCGUUCAAUUCCUCGAUAGCGCAUGCGGAACGGGCGUGGUGACGCAGGAGGUGCAGGGUAUGCUGGCCAGAGACGUACUUGACAAGAGCACCUUUAUAUGUGCGGAUAGCUCGCGGGUGUUGGUGGAUGUGGUUGCGGGCAGGAUCCAAGACGAGGCAUGGGUGAAUACCCAGGCCGAGGUGCUGGACGCCAGGGAUACGGGCUUGGAGGAGAGUUCGCUGAGCCAUGUUGCUGUUGCGCUGGGGCUGCACUUGAUUCCCGAGCCGGAUAAAGUGCUCAAGGACUGCUGGAGAAUACUCAAAGACGGCGGAGUCUUUGGCGCGACCACGUUUCCGCGUGGGAAUGGCUCCAAGUUUUGGAUUCCGGAUAUGCGUGCUGCUUUUGCGUCGUUGCCGUUUGACGCCCCCUUUCCGGAGGAACUGCCCAUGCAGACUCAUGAUUCGGGGAGGUGGUAUGAUUGUGAGUGGAUUAGGCGGCAUCUUGAAGAGGAGGGGUUUGGGGAUGUUCAAGUUACCGUGACUUCGGGGCGGUACCAUGUUGAGAAUGCCGCCGAGUUUGUCCAGUUUUUCGGGAUGAUGAUCCCGUUUAUUAUGAAUACGUGGUGGAGCGAGGAGUUGAGGAGGGAGCAUCCGGUUGAUGUGGUAAGAAAGGGGGUUGAGGAGUUUGUGGAGAGCAAGUAUGAGGGCAAGGGGUGGGAUGUUGAGUGGGAGAUUAUUUCUAUGACGGGGUUGGUGAGAAAGUGA